GCGGGCAAAAAGCAACAAGUCUCCCGCGAUAGGAGAGAGGCAGGCGGGUGGGAGGGAGGAGAAGGGAAGGAAGGCGGCUCUCCCUCUUCCCGCACUGGAAACACGCGGAGGGGCAGCUUCUGCUCACGCUGCAACGCACGUGUCACUCUCCGCGCGCCCAAGCAGGACCAUGCCCAAGAAAGGAGGGAGACGAGCUGCAACAGAGAAGGAACAAGGUUUGCCAUGUAAACAAGCAAAAGUGGAAGCAACCUGCCCUUGGCUUAUGAAAUGUGACCGUCCAGAGAGCGUAUUUGAAAGUUUGAUCUCUCCUGUCAAACAAGAUGAAUUUUUCAGAGAAUAUUGGGAGCAGAAGCCAUUGCUGCUUCAGAGAGAGGAGCCUUCUGUGGCAUUGUACUACCAAUCUCUUUUUCACUUAACUGACCUGAAAGACAUGGUCAAAGAGGGUUUGUACUAUGGAAGGGACAUUAAUGUCUGCAGAAGUAUGAAUGGGAAAAAAAAGAUUUUUAACAAAGAUGGCAAAGUCAGCUAUGAACAGCUGAAGAAAGACUUUGACCAGAAAAAGGCCACAAUACAAUUUCACCAGCCCCAGAGAUUUAAGAAUGAGCUCUGGAGAAUCCAGGAGAAGCUGGAAUGCUACUUCGGCUCAUUGGUUGGCUCUAACGUUUACAUUACCCCUCCGGGGUCCCAAGGCCUGCCACCACACUACGAUGAUGUUGAGGUGUUUAUCCUACAGCUGGAAGGGAAGAAGCACUGGCAACUCUAUAAGCCUACUGUACAUUUAGCUCAAGAAUACAACACUGAGCCCGAGGAGAAGAUAGGGGCUCCAACACACGACUUCAUAUUAAAGCCAGGAGACCUGCUAUAUUUCCCAAGGGGGACCAUACAUCAAGCUGACACACCUCCUGGGAUAUCGCAUUCUACUCAUGUGACCAUCAGCACCUAUCAGAACAACUCUUGGAGAGAUUUUUUGCUGGACGUGGUUCCUGGACUAGUGUUGGAUACGGCGAAAGAGGAUGUUGACUUUCGGAAGAGCAUUCCAAGGCAGUUGCUGAUGAAGGUGGAUUCGUCUGAUUCAUCCAAGCAAUUAAGUGGCUUCCUGAGAUGCCUUGCAGACCGUCUGGAAAAUGGUAGAGAAUUGAGGUCAUCCGACAUGAAAAAAGACUUCAUUAUGAACAGAUUGCCUCCUUUCUUGGGGGCUAGCUUUGACUCUCUGGCUCCAGGUGGAGCACUACCAAAAAUAGACAGUACAAUCAGGUUACGGUUUAAAGACUACACAGUAAUUACAGUGGAACCAGACCUUUUGGAAGAGUCUCGCAAAGAAAUGGUUUUUGUCUAUCACUCUUUAAAGAACAAGAGGCAAGCCCAUAUGAUGGGAGAUGAGGAUAUGAAUGAGGAUGGAAUAGCAGAGACUCAUGGGUUACGAUUUCCGCUCUCGCAUAUGGAUGCGCUGAAGCAAAUUUGGAGCGGUAACGCUGUCCAUGUUAAAGAACUGAAUCUGACUUCAGAUGCAGAAAAAGAGAACUUGGUGGUAUCAUUGUGGAGUGAAUCGCUCAUUGAAGUAGUCUAGAGGCAUGAUCCAGCCAAAGUUAAGUACUCAUAAUUUUCUUAGAUGUUUCUGGGAAAAUCAAGUGUGCCCUUAAAUUAAAAUGGAAGGGACCUAAGGCACGAGCCAGCCAAAGUUGAAAGUGCUUAAAUCUGCCAUUGCACAGAAACAGCAAAAUGUUACCUCGGGCAUACAAAGGCUUUUUACAUAGUUUUUGUAUGCGUAGCGAGUAAGGGUAUUACU